GACCUUUCGCGUUACAGUCGGUUCCCGUUCCCGGAGCCGGUGAUUGACAGGCGGAGCCCGGAGCCGGUGAUUGACAGGCGGAGCCCGGAGCCGGUGAUUGACAGGCGGAGCCGGUCCCGGUCCCCGGGGGGUGGUCUCUCUGCAAAGGCCGAGCAGGAUGGCGCAGGGCGAGGCGGUGGUAGCGGCUCCUCUCCAGACCCUGUCCGUCCACAACUUCAGCGAGAAGCUGUCGGAACAGACGGUGCAUUUCCACCUCCUGAGCAUGAAGGACAGUUUCUUCCUGUGGGUCGGCAGCGCCCCGAAUCUCUCCAACCUCGCCGUGGCCAUGUGUACCAAAUUUGACCCUAUGCCAGUGUCUACACUAGUUCUUGGAGAUGCCUCUGAUACCACACCCAACUCUGUAGCACAAAGACUAGCGAAGAAGACAGGAAAACAGGUUUUCAUCAGUUACAACCUGCCGAGCAGCAACACCGGCUUAUCCCUGCAGGUGGAAAACCGCAUCAAACAAGAAAUGGUCACGCAUCCAGACAAGUUUUAAUUGUAGUUUUCUAUUUUUUAACACUUUUUUAAAAAAAAAAGAUAUUAUGUUGGCUUGUUUAAUAAAAUGUUAUAAAAGUU